UAUAAUAAAAAACCAAUUAUCACACCGAAUCAUCAAGUCGUUGUUGGUCAAUUUCUACGUAUCUGUCUAAAACCAAACAGAUAUUUACCUCUUUUUCUAUUUUGGAGCGAUUGAUAUCCAAACAUCGGCUAAGCUGAAGCUUACAUCGCCCAACACUUCUUCGGAACAGUAAAAAUCGGCGUCUUCGAAGUCGAGGUAAUGGCGAUUUCUGCCUCCGCAUCAACUCUUCCUGCGCUUAAUCGCCAAAACUCAACCAAAUUGUCCUCUUACUACUAUUCAUCGAAACUAUCAUUCUCUUCGUCUCUUCAAUUUCCUCUUCGGUCUCACCCGAUUGGAAUCGGUAAUAAGGCGAUUUCUUCUUCCUCGCUGCCUCGGCACCGUCCUUUGGUGGUUGAAGCAAAGAAGCAAACAUUUAACUCCUUUGAUGACUUGUUAGCGAAUUCCGACAAGCCUGUUUUGGUUGACUUCUAUGCUACCUGGUGUGGACCUUGUCAAUUCAUGGUUCCAAUCCUCAAUGAAGUGAGUACUGCUCUGAAAGAUAAGAUUCAGGUGGUGAAAAUUGACACUGAGAAGUACCCUAGCAUUGCUGAUAAAUACAGAAUAGAGGCAUUGCCGACUUUCAUCAUAUUUAAGGAUGGGAAGCCAUUUGAUCGUUUCGAGGGUGCCCUCACUGCCAAUCAGCUCAUUCAAUGCAUUGAGAAUUCUUUAAGUGUUAAGCAAUAGCUGUGCAGGUUCGACCAUCUUCUGUAACUGAACUGUUGGAUUGGAGUAAUGAACGUACAGGAGAUUGAGACAGCUUUCGUGUCCAUGCUUUAGAUAUUUCUUGAUAUAAAUUAUUGUGUAUGUGCAGAUGAAUUUUGUCCCUGCUUCCAAGGAUUUUGACGACAUAGAAAGACAUUGUAUGCUCUGCGAUUGCCGAAUGGUUGCAUUUAUCCAAUGAGCAUCUCUUUUUGGCUAUUAGUAGAAUACAUUUAUUGAACUCGGCAUCAAUGAUAAUGUUGAUUUGGAUCCUCUA